CCAAGGCCGCCAAGGACCUCACAGCAGCGCUGCUGGUGCACCGAAGAGCUGUCUUCUGGUUCAACGUGCUCUCGGCAGUUUCUGCAGCUGAGGCAGCGUCGUACGUCCGGUUGUGGGGGCUGUGGCAGCGCGGUGUGCCGAUGUGUUGGAGGCAGCAGUGGGGGUGAAGGAGAAGGCUGAGGCGGAUGGGCCUGACACGCUCUCCGCCCUGCUUGCUGCACCCAAGCACGUGACUAUUUUGCAGCCAUCACCCAGACCUAUGGUGUGCUUGUAGUCAUCGCUGCCUGCGCCCAGCUGCACCGACCCUGGCUUGCGGUCAGGCUCGGCACAGGCUCGGCAGGACCGCCAGCAGGUUCGGGUGAACCUGGGAGCAUGGCAGGGGGAGGUUCGGGGGAGGAGGUGCAAGGGGGAGGGGAUGGGGAGGGGGAUAUACUGUGGGCACACUUGCUUAGGGGGCAGGCUGCAUGGCAGAAUGGAGGUUUGGAAACGGUGGCCAGUGAGGUGCUGCCACGUGUCAUGCUGCCGUUGUCAUGGUCUGACGUGGAGAAGGUGCUGGAAGGUGCUGAACUGGCAGCGGUGCAGCGGGCUGCUGAGCUGGCGCUGGAAGGCCGGCAGAAGCACAUGGGGCUGGUGGGCGGGUCGGGGACUCUCCUUUGUGCACUCACUCGGCUCCCCAUUUUUGCAUUCACUUCGGUGGCAGCAGUGGAGUGGUACGGCCAGCGCUAUUUGCUCCCAGUGGCCAAUUUCUGGGCGAGCCACAUCUCAAAUGCGAGCCCCUUGAUGCUUGUUGCUAGCUGAAACCAACUCCAAAGCAAUGGGACUAAAACCAAGCUCUAACUUGAUGCAUUAUUCUAUGCACUGAUUUCAACUACUCUCGCUUUAUAAGAAAUCUCACUAGCUGUGAUAUUUGACUUGUUGGCGAAUUCUUGAAAGAAGAGGA